CGAAAUCGGUUAUAGUACGGCGGCCGACCCGGUUCAACAUUAUGACCCGACCCGGUUGAUUGGAGCAGACACAGAUAACAAUCCAGUCUGUAUCGCCUCACAGAGGAUUUGUAUCGCCUCCUUUCUCAGUCCGUUUUGCGGAGCCGCAGAAGAUGGCGACCGGUUUAGCGAUGAAUCGAUGCUCAAUUUCGUUAAUUAGAACGGCCGAUACUUUACUCAACCGGCCAACCGUCUCCGUCGUCAGGAGUUUGAAACUUAGUCGCCGGCUUAUCGGAAACUGCUCGAUGGCGACGGCCCCUUUUGUUGUGGCGGACGACGAGAAGUACGGAAACAAACAGGUUAUCAGUCUCACUCCUCGCAUUUACGACUAUGUCCUCUCCAACGUUCGCGAGCCUAAGAUUCUUAGGAAACUUCGGGAAGAGACUGCCAAAAUGCGAGGUAGUCAAAUGCAGGUAUCUCCUGAUCAGGGCCAAUUGCUUGCAAUGCUUGUGCAGAUUCUUGGAGCAGAAAAGUGUAUUGAAGUCGGUGUUUACACGGGAUAUUCAUCACUGGCCGUGGCGUUGGUUCUGCCGGAAUCCGGAUGUCUUGUUGCCUGUGAAAGGGAUUCUAAUUCUCUUGAAGUUGCUAAGCGGUACUAUGAGCUUGCCGGAGUCUCUCACAAGGUUAAUGUGAAACAUGGUCUUGCAGCAGAAUCAUUGAAAUCCAUGAUUCAGAACGGUGAAGGAUCCAGCUAUGAUUUUGCAUUUGUCGAUGCGGAUAAGAGGAUGUACCAGGACUACUUCGAAUUGCUUCUUCAACUUGUCAGGGUUGGUGGACUCAUUGUGAUGGAUAAUGUUCUUUGGCACGGACGAGUUGCUGAUCCUAUGGUCAAUGAUGCAAAGACCAUCAGCAUUAGGAAUUUCAACGAAAACUUAAUGGCUGAUGAACGCAUAAGCAUUAGUAUGGUACCAAUCGGUGAUGGCAUGACGAUAUGCCGCAAGAGAUAAUCAUCCUCAAAUAAACAUUUGGAUUCACAGUGAACCUUAAGCCAAGUCUUUUAAGCAUAAGAGUACCGAUGAAGCCAACAUAUAUUUCAGGACAUCACGGAAACGGUUCUUUUCUCUGGACAUGAUGCACAGUAUAAACUUGGGAGGCCAACUACAAAUUAGACUAAUGGGCUUGUAUAACUUCAAAUUCUUAGAUCUUUAAUAGCAGAGUAUCUUAAACCGGUACGAAAUUUCCUUUUUUUCAAUGUCGGUCAAAAUAAAUUGAUGGACCGUCAAAACGAGGAAA